AUGGUCUCUCAACAAUAUGCUACCUUGAAUCGAACAAAUGACAAAAUGCCUCUUGUUGGGUUCGGUUGCUGGAAGGUUUCUCAGGAUGAAGCUGAAAACACCAUUUACAACGCCAUUAAAAAUGGUUACCGUUUGAUUGAUGGUGCUGCUGACUAUGGUAAUGAAGUUGAAGUCGGUCGUGGUAUUAACAAGGCUAUCAAGGAAGGCAUUGUCAAAAGAGAGGAACUUUUUGUGGUUACCAAGCUUUGGAAUACUUACCACAACAAGGCUCAAGUCCGCCCCGCUUUUGAAAAGCAAUUGAAGGACCUUAAUUUAGACUAUGUUGAUUUGUACCUUAUUCACUUUCCUGUUCCUUUGAAGCAUGUUGAUCAUGCUACUGCCUAUCCUCCAGGAUGGUACCAACCUGGUAAAGAAGAACUCGAAUUCGAACCUUCCCCAAUGUACGAAUGUUGGCGCGAAAUGGAACACUUGGUUGACGCGAAGUUAGCUCGUAAUAUUGGCGUGUCUAAUUUUAACGUUCAAAUGAUUUUAGAUUUGUUGACCUACGCUAAAAUCAAGCCUGCCACUUUGCAAGUUGAACUUCAUCCUUAUCUUCAACAAAAGCGUUUGGUCGAAUGGGUUCAAAAGCAAGGUAUCCAAAUUACUGCUUACUCCUCUUUCGGUCCUGCUUCCUUUGUUGACUUAACCGUUGAUGGUAAGACUGCAUCUCCUCUUCUGGAACAUGAUAUCAUUAAGGAAAUCUCUCAAAAGCACUCCAAAACUGCCGGUCAAAUUCUGCUUCGUUGGUCUAUUGAAAGAAAUGUUGCCGUCAUCCCUAAGAGUACUCAUGAAGAACGUAUCAAAUCUAACCUCGACCUCUUUUCAUGGUCGUUGGAUGGUGAAGAUAUGAAAAAGAUCGAAUCCCUCGACAAGAGAUUAAGAUUCAAUGAUCCUUUCAGCUAUGGUUUCGGCUUACCUCUCUUUGAUUAA